CUCAAGGUCAGUUUCGCAUCUGGAACAAGGUACGGAUUUAAAAGACUGUUGUAGUCUUUCCAUUGAAAUGUCGCUGUCUCGGAAAGUCAGCCCCUCAUCGAGAGCUGAAGAUGAUAAAAACAUUAGAAAAAAGUCAGUCAUCAAGAAUUUUUUGGGUUCAAACAAAGGGAGACUAUUCGGCAGUAACACAUGCAUAACUGAUAUUUCGUGCUGCGUUCACCUAUUAGAUGAUACUUGUAUGUCAGUUUCAUUAUCAAAUAAAGCAUUCGGUAGAUGUUUACUCGAAGUUGUAUGUGAACGCCUCGGUGUUUUAUCACAUAUUGCCUACUUUGGACUGCGCUACUGUGAUAAUAAUAGUAUCAAUCAAUGGCUCAAUUUAAAUGACAAAGUUUAUAAACAGCUUAAAGAAGUCAAAAACUCUACUCUGUGCUUUCGAUUCAUUUACUAUCCGAAUAAUCCGUUGAAGUGCUUUCCUAAUGAAACCAUCAGACAUUUAAUUUAUCUUCAACUGAGGCGGGAUUUCUACGCUGGUCGACUAAGAACUCAAGCGUCGAGGACUUAUGAAUUGGCGGCUUAUGCUAUACAAGCUGAGCAUGGUUUAACAGAAAUACCCCAAGGAUUCAAUGUGGAUACUAUUCCUGGUGGUAUGCGUGUUCUACCCUGUUUAACAACAGCCAUUAUACGAGGAAUUAAGGCACAUCUUAAAACAUGCAUCUGCAUGUCACAAACUGAAGCUCUAGAGAAAUUUAUUGAAGAGGCAUCAAAGAUUGAAACAUAUGGAAUGGAACCAUUUCAAGUGCAAGACCAGAGACAAAAUGGGCUAUGCAUUGGAUUCAAUUACAAAGGUAUUUCAAUAUUCAAAGAUGGUUUCAGUACCAAUGUUUUUGAAUGGGCAUUUAUUAAAAACAUUUAUCCAGCUAAAAAGAAUCUGGUAAUGAUUGUCAGCAAUGGACAGUCUGAAGAAAAGGAUCUAGUUCUUGGUUUCAAGUGUAAAUCAUGUUCUGAGGCAAAAACUCUUUGUAUGCGUGCACUCAACUGUAAAACAUUUAAAGAAACAUCCAGUAUUUUAAAUUAUCGACCAUCUGUGCUUAUAAAUCAAGAUUCCUUCAGCGAUUCUUCUGACAGUUUACAAUCUCAUUCACCUAAAACUAAGAUUGAUUCAAACACAGACAUCCAAUUAGAAAUAACAUCUCCACCAACAACAACUACCAGUGAUUGUCCUGAGACUUCAACAGGCUCAGAAACCAGUGAAAGUACAGUUUGGCCAGUCAGUUAUGAACCGUUCAAUGAAAACAGACGAGUUAGUGACGGCUUAGACAACAAUCCACCAAAGACACCCAAUCUAGACGAACCUAGACACAGUUUAACUAUGUCAUUAUUAGGUCCUCCAGCCAAACCAACACAAAGAGUGAGUCCUCGAGGUAGUUUUGGUGGUAGUAUGGAGUUGCCAACUCCAAAUGAAAGUAAACCACAGGUUGCUGAUCUGUUCUGGAAUCCUAAAGGUGCUCAUCACUUAGUUAAUGGAUCUUCGAUCAAUGUGAACAAAGAAAAUAGUAAAUAAUCAAAUGUUAGAAUUUAAACAUUUCACUGUCAAACAGUUAAACAAAUGAAGUGAAAUUUUUUAAAAUUUACAACACCGACAACACCAACAGCACCACCACCAACAACAAUAGCGACAUAUUAUCUCACUUUCAAUACAAUCAAUUACACGCAUGAAUCACUGAUUAGUAUUCAGUGUAAUGCAAGAAUAACACUAGAAAGUGGGAUAAUAAACUCCAGCCAUAUGCUACACAUAUUACUCUUUUUGGUGUAUUUUGUUUUAAUGUUAUAUGACUCAGAAAAAUAAUAACAAUAAUAAUAAUGAGUUAAGCAUAGGAAACACAGAUUUCUACUGAUAACAAGUGUGAUCAUUUAUUAAGCGCAUAUUGUAUAAAAAUAUAAUCAACACUGAUCACAUAACUGUGCUACUACUUUCUCUCAGUUGUUUAUACUUACUGCACAAGAUUUAUUGCCCAUUAUUGGUAUUAUUCGUAAUUAUUCUAUUGUCUUCAUUCUACAGAAAUGUCAAUCCCUUAACACUGAUCCCAUUACCUAUUGCGUAAGCUAGUUGUUCGUUCAUAUGCUUAUAUACAUAUACAUAUAUGUUUGAAAACAAAUGACUGAUUCCUAAUUACCAUCACAUUGUAUAAAUAAAACAAAAAAGAUAUAGAUGGAUAAUGUUGCAGUUUUACUUCGUCUCCUGUCUCCAGUGCUGGUCAUUGUACAUUGAUAUGGAAUAAUAAUAAUAUUGUUGCUGGUGAGAAAACACAGUCUUUUCUCAAUUUCUGCCUUCAUUUCGAUAAACGGUUGUUAGCUGGAAAUAAGCACACUGAGAGCGAGAAUCUUUUUUUAAUGAGCUACUCAAUUUGUAUUUCUCUUUUUUUUAAAAAUUUUAUUCGAAGUGUCUUAAAGAAGACAUUUCAUAUUAUAUAUAUGCUUAAGUUAUGAAAAAUUCUUACAAUUGCAAGAAACAUGAUCCAUUACUAUCAAAAUUGAAAUCACACAGAGAAAACAAGUAAUUAUCUGUGUACUAUCAUUCUGUAGAUUCUGUUUUGUUAUUUUUCUAAAAAAAAGAAAUGAUUUUCUUUCCUUUGGCUUUCAUUACUGACUUUCUCUUUUCAGUCCUAUUCUAUCUAUUCCAGUUUGUACAUUUCGAUAUUUUAUUUUUUUUGCUGUUGUUUUUGUUGUUCUUGAUUUAUUAUUUUAGUUCUUGAAUUUUAUUGAAAACCUUUGUUAUACCAUGUAAGAGGAAGAGAAUAAAACAGUAUUACGUUUAA